AUGUCGGGAGGUGCUAGUAACAAUAUCCUAUCCCUCACUAUCGACGAGUUAAAAGAAAAGAUCUCUGAGGAAGUCGGAAGGGCUAUUGAAGUUAGCCUACCAAGAUUUAUAGAAAGACUACAAAAUACAUUACUUUCAACUAUGGAGGAAAAGAUAGGCGAACUAAGAGAAGAUCUUACCAAUGAUAGAGGUAAGUCCAAAGAAAAGAAAGGUUGUUCUUAUAACAAGUUUAUGGCGUGUAAACCCCCGAUCUUCAAUGGAGAGGUGGAUCUAAUUGCUUGUCAAAGGUGGAUAAGCGAUAUCGAAGGUGUUUUUGAACGAACACACUGUGAUGCAAGCGACUUCGUGGCUUUUGGAACUGGCCAACUUAGAGGCCAAGCCAAGGAUUGGUGGGACAACCUCAGAAAUGAAAGGGGUGUUGAAGCAACGAGGGCGAUGACCUGGGAAGAUUUUAAAACACCAUUUCUCAAACAUCAUAGCCCCAAGGCGGUAAUCAAUAAGAUAAAAGAAGAAUUCAUGCAAUUGAGGCAAAAGGGUGAAACCGUUGAUAAAAUUACGGGGACAUUUAUGGAUAAACUCAAGUUUUGUGAUGAGUUGGUCAAAGCCGAAGAACAGAAAAUUUAUUACAAUCAUACCAUGCUUAGGGCCGAAUAUAGGGAGUUUAUGACUCCCUCACAUUACGAAAGCCUCACCGACAUAAUCAAUGCGGUGUGGGAGCACGAGAUUGAAUUGAAAAGGCAAGUUGAAAGAGGUGAGAGAAGGGCCUUGGAUGAAAACCCGAGUCCCGCAAAGAAGUCGAAGGUAGCUGAAUCUUCGAAGAAGGGAAAUGCGAAAGGAGGUUCCCCAAGUUGUAAGAUAUGUGGACGCGCCCGUAAAGGUGAAUGUUAUUUUAAGAACAAACCUUGUGUUGCAUGUGGCAAAACAGGGCAUGGGGUUUCAAACUGCCCAGACAAAGUGACGGUGUGCUAUAAAUGUUAUCAGCCGGGUCAUAAAAAGUCAGAAUGUCCGGAACUGACAGGAAAGAAAGAGGGUGCUGACUCCAAAAAUGAAACCCCAAAGUCAAACGCAAGGUCGUUCCAAAUCACUGCUGUGGAAGCAAAAAUGGAACCUGACGUGGUUACAGGUGUGGAUUUCAAGACAGUUGUUUGGCUGCCUUGA